GUUAAGGAGUUUGUUCAAGAAGGACAGGAGGUAGCCGAAACCCCUGUGGAAGACUUUAAGCCCGGUUCACCUCUACAGGAGCCUGAAUCAGAGCCUGAGGUGCAAAUUAAACCUGAGACUGAAUCCAUACCCAGAUCUAAGAGCCCUGCAUCUGAAGAAGACGAAGAAGAAGCUGAAUCUGAAGAAGAACCAGACCCGAUCACUUAUCAGCCUCAGUCCUUUUCCAGUAGCUCAGUUUCUCAAACUGAUACACCGGGGGAGAGUUUACCAGCUGAAGUGGAAACUAGUGUCCCAUCCAGAUGUGAUGCUCUGAAGAGCUGCCUCAUGCACGUGCCCUAUGCCCCUCAGGCCGUCGAACGCUUCCGCCAGUUCCGAAAAGAGAACAACAUCACCCUGCCUGGAGUGCCUCAGAUGCCCAACUUGCCCUCCUCUUUGACUCAGAUUACCCAACACCUGCCAUCAUUUUCCUUUCAGCUGUCUCACUUACCCCAGCAAGUCUCCCAGCAAAUUUCCAAAAUCCCAAACCUGUCUUCAAACAUUUCUCAGCGGCUUCCCAACUUGACCCCGCAGCUCCCUAGCUUCCCACAAAAGCUGUCCAACAUUCCACAAACGUUGUCCAGCAUUCCACAAAGGCUUAGCAGCAUUCCCCAACACUUUUCCGUCCUUCCGCAACAGGUAUCUAAUAUUCCUCAACAGCUCUCCUCGAUUCCCCAAAAGAUAUCCAGCAUUCGGAGCAGUCUAAAUAAACUUAAACCAGAUCACGAUGCCCAAGCAACAACCUCAACAGAGUAAAGAUCUCGAGUUGGACCAUCUCGUCCGCCAGUCUCCGCUCCGUUCCCCCCCAACCCCUUCGCCUUCCUCCCCAAGCUCUGUCCUUGACCUCCCCAAUGUGCCCUCUUACCCUCGUCUGCCACCCAUUACCCCUUCCAGGCAGUUGUCAGGUAUCUCCAACCCUGCUGUCCACAUUGAAGAUGACCCUACCUCUGCUAGACCCUCAGUGAGUUCCAGACUUAGCGUGCACCCGGCUGUGAACGUAGAAGAUGUUGAUUCCGAUGGAGGAAAAGUCGGGAGGAGAUCUCGGCCCAUACCUCCAAUCAUAAACCCACAGGACCCCAACCUCAAAACGCUCACUGUACCUGGUGUUCGUAAAGCCAACCGCACCAGAGACAGAAAAUCACAGACUAUUUGGACCAAGAUCAAAAGACUUUACUCUCAAGAUGAUGAAGAUGAAGAGGAAAUCGAAACUGCAGUCAAGGCCUGGCCAAGCCAGAGCAGCAUCUCCAGCGCAGAUGAUGGGCUUAAUCAGCGGCCCAGCUCUUCAGCCAGCCAGACUAGUACUGUAGUGAAUGAGAGGUUGCAGGAGCUGGUGAAGUUGUUUAAAGAAAGAACAGAACGUGUCAAGGAGAAACUAAUUGAUCCAGAUGACUCAGAUGAUGAGACACCACCUGCUUCUCCAGCUAAGCAAGCUCCAGCUCCCCCUGCUCCUCCUGCUCCUGAGCCUCCAGCGGAGCCGAAAACAGAACAGGAGGUGACUGAAGCACCUGCUGAGAAAGAAGAGGAAAAAACUGAAGCACUGUGCUGUAAACUCAAACCUCAGUCCAGGCUUGGUCGACUUCUGCGGUACCGUUUCCCAGCCAGCAUCGACCCCUUCACUAAUCUGAUCUACGUGCUUUGGCUGUUUUGCGUGUCUUUGGCAUUUAACUGGAACGCGUGGAUGAUUCCUGUGCGUUCGGCGUUCCCUUAUCAAACACCGGAUAACAUCCAUGUGUGGCUGUUGAUUGACUACCUAUGUGACACCAUCUACAUUCUGGACAUUCUGGCCUUUCAACCUCGAUUGCAGUUUGUGCAACAUGGGGACAUUGUGAGCGAUAAGAAGGAGAUGAGAGAUAAUUACAUCAAAGCCGUUCGGUUCAAGCUGGACUUGCUCAGUCUCCUUCCUCUGGAGCUUUUCUACUUCAAAACGGGAAUUAAUCCACUCCUCCGCUUACCAAGGAUUAUGAAGUUUAUGUCUUUCUUUGAGUUCAAUAAACGUCUGGAAGCUAUCCUGACCAACGCUUACGUUUACAGAGUCGUUCGAACCACCACUUAUCUACUUUAUGCCGUCCACUGUAAUGCUUGUCUAUACUACUGGGGCUCAUCUUAUGAAGGUCUGGGUGUUUCUGAAUGGACUUAUGAUGGGAAUGGCAAUAGCUAUAUCCGCUGUUACUACUUUGCUGUGAAGACUUUGCUCACCAUCGGAAACCUGCCAGGACCCACCACACUUUUCGAGAUUGUAUUUCAGCUCAUCAAUUACUUCACUGGAGUGUUUGUGUUCUCCAUCAUGAUUGGUCAGAUGAGAGAUGUUGUGGGUGCAGCCACGGCCGCUCAGACAAACUAUCGUGCGUGUGUGGAUAACACGGUUAAGUACAUGGCCUCCUAUCGCAUUCCUAAAGAUGUUCAGAACAGAGUAAAAACAUGGUAUAGCUACACGUGGCAGUCCCAAGGCAUGCUGGAUGAACAAGAGUUACUAGUUCAGUUACCUGAUAAAAUGAGAUUGGACAUUGCUGUGGAUGUGAACUAUUCCAUUAUCAGUAAAGUGCCACUCUUCCAGGGUUGCGAUAGACAGAUGAUCUUUGAUAUGCUGAAAAGGCUCAGAUCUGUGGUGUACCUUCCAGGAGACUACAUCUGCAAAAAGGAUGAAGUGGGCCGUGAAAUGUACAUCAUUAAAGCCGGGGAAGUCCAGGUAGUUGGCGGUCCAGAUGGUAAGACGGUGUUUGUGACCCUGAAAGCCGGAGCUGUGUUUGGAGAGGUCAGCUUGCUUGCCAUUGGAGGAGGAAACCGACGUACAGCUAAUGUGGUAGCACGUGGUUUUGCUAACCUCUUCAUCUUGACCAAGAAGGACCUGAAUGAGAUCAUGGUGCACUAUCCAGAGUCCCAGAAACUGCUCCGCAAGAAAGCAAGGAAAAUGGUGACUAAAGAUAAGAAGCCAGCUGAGAAGAAAGAAGAGAAGGAGCCCAUCCCAAUUAUUCCUCAUCGUGCCGAGACACCCAAACUGUUAAAAGCAGCAUUGGAGAUGACUGAAAAAUCAGGGAUGAAAGGAACAUGGUCCAAAUUGAAGGAAAAGACCAAUAGAUCAAGUGUCUCCUUGCAGCACUCGAUCUCUUCAUCUGUGAUGCCCAACUCGCCCGUCCAUGAGCCGAACUCAGAGCAGGAGCCUGACGCCAUGUCUCAAAUGUCAGACAGCUCAAUGCAAAUCCCCAUGACCCCCACCGGCUCCGGAGAUGGGAACGUAUUUGCCGAAGACGACGGCCCAACAGAGGUGGAAACAAAAUGUCCUCCGAUAGAAAAAGAAACAGUGAUCAAAUAAGAGUCUUAGAUGUUGUCACAUUUAAAAAGCCUGCUUAAAUAGCUUCUACACUAACAGUAAUGUACAAAAAUGAACGUUAUAUGUAAUGUAAUGUAAAUAUAAAGAAAGCAUAUCAUUUUCUGUUAACAUAAGAGGUCCAUCCAAGGUAUCUGAAUGCCAGUUGCCAGCGACUUUGUUGCUGGUCAGUCACUCCCGAAAGUCGCUCAUCAUUUGCAUAAUGUUCAACUUUUCUUAAAUUUGGGUGCAUCUCCUUUUUUAAUGGUGCAUCCUCAUUUCCUUUUCUCACAUCUUAGCUCACUGGAAUAAAUUAGAUGGGGCCGUUGCCAGUCGCUGGCGGUGUGCACGCAGCUUUAGUUAAAAAAAAACCAUACUGCAAUAAAAACAUAGUUCACUGAUACUGUAAUUCUUCUUCUGAUAAAAAUAAUGCACUCAAAAGGGCUGUUGUGUACUGUUAGCAUAGAGCAGAUAUCUUCAGGUUUAUCUAACUGUCUACCAAAAGACAAGUGCCUUAAUAAACCCUAAACACUGUCAUGCAUCAUACACACCCUUAAAACUGUGCAAGCUUAUCGCUUGAUAGGUUCACCGCACAUCAUUAUGGUUCACUGCCAACAUUAAAGCAGUUUUGUAGCAUUUUUUGACUUUAGUCUAACUGAGACAUAACUUUGGCAGUAUGUAGUUUAUUUUGUCCUGGAAACUGCUGUGCUGAAUAUUUUAAGUUGUUUCUUUGUUUCUUUAAAGGAUAUGAAUAAUUCUGUAAUACUCCCAAUUUUUGUAACCAAUUUAUAAGGUGGUUACUUUUUCAAAGAAAGAACAUAUGGAUAGCAGGUUUGAAAAUAAAUAAGGCCUUUUUAUUUAAACAUUUUCUGUUUUUAUUUUGCGUUCUUGUUUUAGGCCUGAAUCUAGACCUAAAUUGUAGAAACAUAUAGUGCAGAGCAAUGUAUAGCUCUUUUCUUUUUUCAUGAUAGACAAUAAUAUAUGUAUAAUAUAUGUGAAGCUACAACAAGAUAUUAUGUAAAACAUUUUGGAGUAAUAUUAAUAUAUUUGUACAUUUUGUUUAGUGCUGGGCAAAGAUUAAUCGCAUACAAAAUACAAAUAAUUUUUUGCACAAUUUAUGAGUGUGUGCUGUCUGUAAUUAUUAUGUUGAUAUAAAUACACAUACAUUCAUGUAUGUAUUUAAGAAGCAUUUACAUGUGUAUAUAUAUAUUUAUAU